AUGGGUGACAAGACCCGUACUCCGGCGGAGGCUGACUCUGGACCAGUAAGGCGGCCAAGAGCCCCUACAAUCACAAUCGAUACCGCGAUAAACCCCCCGGACAGCACCCAAGCGCCAGCUCCCUGUGCCUCGGAUGCUUCUCCGGUAUCUCCCCAGGACGAUGGCGGGAGCCCUGCGACGACAUCCGGGCUCCAGCUACGUGAUACCACCUCUUUCGACAGCAAGGAUAGCCGACCCACUAGCCCGCACAAUGUGUCAAGCACGCUUCCUUCCAGAGGAGCCGAUAGAUCAGGAGGAGCGCCAACAUUUCUUUCGGUACCCAGCAAUCUACGGUCGAGACAAAACUCACUCGAGUCGGACGACGCGUCGCGGUCAGUUGUAUCAUCGCAGGGCGAAACAGUUGUCGCCGCGACCAUAACCCCAUCCGUCAUCUCUUCGACGAAAAAGAGACAGUCCAACGAGUUCUCCAAUGAAAAGAUCAUGAACGAUCCGGAUGCCCUAAAGCCCGAUCAGGGCCGCGAGGAGGAUUUCCAGGUCGAGGACAACCCCUUCGCAUUCACCCCUGGUGAGCUGAACAAAAUGCUGAACCCCAAGAGUUUGUCCGCCUUCUACAAGCUUGGAGGUCUCCGAGGAAUGGAAAGGGGCCUUCAGACCGACUGCAAGGCCGGUUUGAGCGUCGAAGAAGUGAUCGUUCCGAACAAGGUCUCGUACGCCGAAGCCAUCAAGGUCGCCGAAGAGAGCGUAGAUGGGGCUAAGCCUGCGUCCGACACGAUCUCUGUUGCCGAGGGGUUGGUGGUAGAUAGCAAGGAGAAGGACGGGGAUACGCGACCAUCUACUGCCCAGUCUCACCAUGCUAGCGGAGGCGAUCUGUUUGUCGACCGGAAACGGGUCUUCAAGGACAAUAGGUUGCCCGAGAAGAAGGGAAAGACCUUGCUCCAGCUUAUGUGGAUCACGUACAACGACAAGGUCCUCAUGCUACUCUCUGCUGCUGCCGUCGUGUCUCUCGCCAUCGGUCUCUACCAGACGUUUGCCCCGAACCCCGGUCAUGAAGACGAGCCCAGGGUCGAGUGGGUUGAAGGAGUUGCUAUCAUCGCCGCCAUUGUCAUCGUUGUUGUUGUCGGAUCUCUGAAUGAUUACUCGAAGGAACGCCAAUUUGCCCGUCUCAACCGCAAGAAGCAAGAUCGUCUAGUCAAAGUUAUCCGGUCCGGCAAGACUCAGGAGAUUUCGGUUUUCGAUAUUCUUGUUGGAGAUGUCCUCCACCUCGAGCCCGGUGACCUUGUGCCCGUUGAUGGCAUUCUUAUCGAAGGAUUCAACGUGAAGUGCGACGAGUCUCAAGCUACCGGAGAAUCGGACAUCAUCAAGAAGCAACCCGCCGAUCAAGUGUACGCCGCCAUCCGUAACCACGGUAGUGUCAAGAAGCUCGAUCCGUUUAUUCAAUCCGGAGCUCGCGUUAUGGAGGGCGUCGGCACUUUUAUGUGCACAUCUACUGGUGUCUACUCGACUUAUGGCAGGACCCUAAUGGCGCUCAACGAAGACCCCGAGAUUACUCCUCUCCAGUCGAAGCUGAACGUGAUUGCGACUUACAUUGCCAAGAUUGGUGGUGCUGCUGGUCUCCUACUUUUCAUUGUCCUUUUCAUCAAGUUCCUAGCUGGCCUACCCAAAUCUACCGCCACACCAGCAGAAAAGGGCCAGAACUUCUUGGAGAUUUUCAUCGUCGUCGUCACCAUCAUCGUCGUUGCUGUUCCUGAAGGUCUUCCGCUCGCCGUCACACUGGCCCUUGCCUUUGCCACCAACCGCAUGCUCAAGGACAACAACUUGGUCAGGCAUCUCAAGGCUUGCGAAGUUAUGGGUAACGCCACGACUAUCUGCUCGGACAAGACAGGUACCUUGACUCAAAACAAGAUGCAAGUCGUCGCUGGAACAGUCGGCACGAGCCAUCGCUUUGGAGCCAGCGGGCCGGCGACAGUCUCGGGUGAGUCUAACGGAAGCGAAUCCGACGCCGAGUCCGUAGAGAUGGAUCCGAGCGGCGGUGUUUCGCCUAGCGAGUUUGCUUCUGUGCUCUCUGCUCCGGUUAAGAAACUUUUAGUUGACUCGAUCGCCCUUAACUCCACCGCGUUCGAAAGUACGGUGGACGGCGAGCUGACAUUUAUCGGCUCCAAAACCGAAACUGCGCUUCUCCUUUUUGCCAAGCAGUUCCUCGGCAUGGGUCCUGUAAACAUUGAGCGGGAGAACUCUACUACUUUGCAACUAAUUCCGUUCGAUUCUGGCCGCAAGUGCAUGGGUAUCGUUGUGGCUCGCGAGAAGGGCAAGGCGCGACUCUACAUCAAGGGAGCGUCCGAGAUUGUCCUCGGCAAGUGUACGCAGAUGAUUCAGGACCCCGCUCACGACUUGGGUCUCACCAGAAUGACCUCGGACCAUACGCGCACCGUCGAACACCUCAUCAAUCACUACGCCUCCCGGUCUCUCCGAACUAUUGGCCUUGCCUACAGGGAUUUCGAGCAGUGGCCUCCUAGACGCUUCCGACGAAAUACCGGCGACGAGAACAGCAAUGAGAUUCCCUUUGAGGAAUUGUUCCACGAGAUGGUCUUUGUCGGUAUGGUCGGUAUUCAGGAUCCCUUGAGAGACGGUGUGCCGGAGGCUGUGCGCGUAUGUCAGAAGGCCGGCGUCGUCGUACGGAUGGUUACUGGUGAUAACAAGCUCACGGCCCAAGCCAUUGCUCGCGAAUGCGGUAUCAUGCAGCACAACAGUAUCGUCAUGGAAGGGCCCGAGUUUAGAAACCUGUCGAAGGACGAGCAGAUGAAAAUCAUCCCCCGACUCCACGUGCUCGCACGUUCGAGCCCCGAGGACAAGCGCAUCCUGGUCAAGCGGCUCAAGGACAAGGGUGACAUUGUUGCCGUCACCGGUGACGGCACGAACGAUGCGCCGGCCCUCAGGAUGGCUGAUGUCGGUUUCUCUAUGGGUAUUGCAGGAACAGAGGUUGCCAAGGAGGCGUCGUCGAUUAUUCUCAUGGACGACAACUUCAACUCGAUUGUCAAGGCUCUCAAGUGGGGACGGGCCGUCAACGAUGCGGUCAAGCGAUUCCUCCAGUUCCAGCUCACGGUUAACGUGACAGCGGUUAUUCUUACUUUUGUCUCGGCGGUGGUGAACAAAGACGAGUCCUCGGUGUUGACGGCGGUGCAGCUUCUCUGGGUCAAUUUGAUCAUGGACACGCUCGCGGCCCUCGCGUUGGCCACUGAUCCGCCACGCGACAGCGUCUUGAACCGGCUGCCGGAGCCACGAAACGCAUCGAUCAUCUCGGUCACGAUGUGGAAGAUGAUUCUUGGUCAGGCUGUGUAUCAGCUCGCGAUUACGUUCCUCAUCUACUUUGGGCGCGAGAAAGUUCUUCCCGAGACAGGCAAAUAUGUACUCGACGAUGCGACGAUUGGAACGCUGGUUUUCAACACGUUUGUCUGGAUGCAAAUCUUUAACCAGUGGAACAAUCGACGUCUGGACAACGAAUUCAACAUCUUUGAAGGUGUCUUCAAGAACAAAAUCUUCCUCGCCAUUAGCGCGCUGAUGUGCGGUUGCCAAAUCCUCAUCGUCUUCGUGGGUGGCCCAGCAUUCAAAAUUAAUGACGCACCCGAAGGCACGCGAGAUCCUCAGGGGCCGGUGUUGUGGGCUGUCGCUAUUGUCCUAGGCUUCAUCUCGAUCCCGUUCGGUAUCAUCAUCCGGCUGAUCCCCGACCGGUUGAUUCUCAAGCUAGUGCCAGACUACCUCAAGAGGCGAAGCAGCAAUGUUCCAGACUUGACGGUGUCGAACGAGGAGAUGUUUGACUUUUACCCACCGGCACUCGCCGACGUGCGAGACGAGCUCGCGUUCCUCAAGAGGAUCAAGGGUGGGCGGCUCAACAACCUCAAGUUUGCCAUGAGGCACCCGCGCGAGACGCUCAUGUCGCGAUCGCGCAGCCCGUCACACUCGCGCACCAACUCCAUCAGACCUCCGCGGACGCCGGACCGAGAAGACAGCUUCGGAUCUGUCGGCGGUACCACGAUACCUCCUUCUCCGGAUAACCGCAAGAGGUCGAGGUCGAUAAGAUCGAGGUCGAACUCGGCGUUGGGCGCGCCGACGGUGAUGGCGGGUAUCGUGGCGGCUGGUGUCGCCGCGGGAUGGUCGCCCAUCGACCGGUCUACCUCGAGGGAGGAUCGCGGAGAAGCUUCUUUGAAUAGGGAAGCGUCGCUGAUUACGCAAAGGACCGAGGAGUGA